CUUACUUUUCCAUAUUGAAGCUUGCAGCAAUAAUAAACUCUUGUAGAUUAGUGAAACUUUCUUUCUAUGUAGAAUUGAAAAUUAAUUUUUAUUAUCAAAGCAGAAUCAUCACCAUCAUGAAAAAGUCAACAAAACACCAAACUUCAUUUUGUCAAAGUUGACGUUUGUUUGACUGAAGAUUUUACAAUUUUUCAUGUUGGCAUCACUGUUUUAUGACAACAAAACAAAAACAAGUUGAAAAUUUCAAAUUUUCUACUUUAUUAUUUAUAUUUAUUGAUCUUUUUAAUAAAUUUCUUCCUCCCAAAAGUUAAUAAUUCCCAAUUGAAAUGAACGAUUCGGAAACAAGAUCUACACGACUGCAAAAAAGACGCCGCAGUAGCGUGGGCACUCGCGAAACGCCAGUGAAAAGUCAAAAAACCAGCCCCAAAGCCUUGAUCGUCGAUAAUGGGGCCUACAGCAUUAAAAUUGGCUACGCCGAAGACUCAGAACCAAAAGUUAUACCCAACUGCAUUAUGAAAGCCAAAUCUGAAAGGAAACGGUUAUUUGUGGGGCAACAAAUCGAGGAGUGUCGAGACUGUUCAGGUCUGUACUAUUUACUGCCUUGUGAAAGAGGCUACAUUACGCGUUGGGAGGUCCAGAAACCGGUAUGGGACCACGUAUUCAGUAAAAAUGUUUUUCCAAUCGAAGACAAUCCAGUUAUCUUGACGCAGCCUUUAUUCAAUUUCAAAUCGAUCCAGGAUUGUAUAGAUGAGAUUUUCUUUGAAGAAUACGAAGUUUCUAGUUUAUUCAGAUGCUCGCCCUCUGAUUUAACUUAUUUAAAUUAUGCUAAACAUAAGCAAACAAAAAAUGAUGCUUGUUUAGUUGUGGAUACGGGAUUUAGUUUCACGCAUGUAGUUCCUUAUGUGCUUGGUAAUAAGUUUUUAAGAGGAAUUAGAAGAAUUAAUGUUGGAGGGAAAUUGUUAACUAAUCAUUUGAAAGAUAUAAUUUCUUAUAGACAAUAUAAUGUUAUGGAAGAAACUUAUGUGAUUAAUCAAGUAAAAGAAGAUACCUGUUAUGUAAGCAAAGACAUUAAAAAGGACCUUGUUAAAGCUGCUGAACCAUACAAACUAAAUUCAAUAGUGAGAAACUAUGUAUUGCCUGAUUUCAAUCUUAUUCGAAGAGGUUUUAUUCAAGAGAAUGUCAAAACUGAGCUAAACGACGAAGACAAUAAUUAUCAAAUUUUACGUUUAAAUAACGAGAGAUUUAUUGUCCCAGAAAUAUUAUUUCAUCCAUCCGAUAUUGGUAUUAAAAGUAUGGGAAUUGCUGAAGCUAUUGUCGAUUCAAUUUGUUCUUGUCCUCAAGACCAAAGGCAAUUGCUGGCUAGAAAUAUAAUACUUAAUGGAGGAAAUUGCAAGUUUCCUGGAUUCAAAGAAAGACUGUAUGCUGAUUUAAGAUCAUUACUUCCAGUUGAUUGGCCAGUGAAGUUGUAUCUACCAGAAGAUCCCAUAACAUAUCCUUGGAAAGGAGGAGGUACUUUAUUGAAAACUACUGAUUUUCGUAGUAAUUUAGUUACUAAACAAGACUACGAAGAAUUAGGUUCAGGAAUAAUUCAAGAAAAAUUUAAUAAUUUUAUGUCUAACUCAAGUGAAGUAGAGGUAAGCAAGAACUUGCCCUACCUAUUAAUGAAGAUGAUAAUAAAAUGGAAGUAGAAGAAGAAAAUGAUGAAAUGGAUGAAAGCUCUAACAACUUAAGUAUGGCGGCUGAAGAUGUAGAUAGUGAAAAAGGAGUGAACAAGAGGGGAAGAAGAACCAAGGUGAUAGAGGAAGAAAAUGUACAAACCCAAAACACUGUUGAAAAUGAGUACAAUAUAUUUGAUGACUCAGAAAUUUUUCCUUUUGAUGUUUCAAGUUAUUUAUGAGUCUUUUUUUUGAAUUGUUAAUUAGGAUUUAAAUAAAGUGAUUUAUUUGUAAUCAGUUUGAAAAUA